AUGCCACCUUUUCUUGAGGAGUGGGCUGGCGAGCUCGCCGAAGGCCCCUCGUAUAUCAACUUGAGCCCUCGAAAAGUGUCACCAAGCCAGCUCAAGGAAAGCUUACUGACUCGUCCGUCGAGUCAGCCGCUACAGUCUUCUCCCCGAGUGCCUACCGAUACUCGACAUGCGUCUGAUCGAGACUCGAUUGACGUCUUUGGCUGGAGAAGUCCACCUGCGCUCGCUGGGGACUUGAGCACACCCUUAUCCGAAUCUGACACCGAAAGCCAGAGCGAUAAAGAGGAGCUGCCAAAUGAGACAUUCAUAAAUCAGGAUUCACUGGUGUCCGUGGACCUGCCGCCAAGCACAUUGUCGAUACCGAGUUCUACGUACAAGAUCUACGACCCUGAAACUGAGCAAUGCAGGAAAGCACACGUUCCGACCACAGAGGGAAAUGCCUUUUAUAUACUUGAAAAGCAGGCACGUCUCAAUGCCAAGCACGGCGGAAAGGUAGAGGAGGAGGAUGAGGGCGAGAUUUUUCUGGACGACUUUGCCUUUUAUACCUUGGCACAUGCACAUAAAUUCGAACUUUGUGGCUUGCAAGAUCUGUUCAGGAUUGGGAAUACCACGCUCUACUUCAAUGGCUGGCUUACCCACGGAAACUCCAAGUACUACCUGGAAUCUGUACCUUUCGGGCGGUGCUCCAUAGGUAACUACGGUUUGGACUCUCCGAGCAUCGACGGUGCUGUGUGGAUACAGUCAAAAAUGCAAGGUCGCAAAAAACCUGGGGUUUGGUACAAACUACGGAAGCCAAGCUUCGAAUAUGUACGACUGUAUAACCCUUUUCUUUGGCUGGCUGACCUGGCCAAACACGUUGUCAACUUUAUCGAAAACAAAAUAUCCAGAAAUGUGAAGCCAGAAGAGAUCGGGAUUCACAGCUUUCGCAGCGAGUUCACAAAUUGGCUUGAUCAUACCCAUGGUCUUUCACCGGCUUUCAAGGCCUGGUUUGAUCAGCACCCAAGCCAGGAUUUCAGGUCCGACGUGGCUGUACACGCCGAAUUUUUGUGGAAGGAGGCCAACGGUGUUCUUAAAUCAAAAGUCUGCCAGAGCCUGCGUCUUUUCAAAGAAGUUUUGACGUUGGACCAAUAUCGGAAACACGAAAGUAGAGACAACAUGACGGUUGUAACGCCCUACGUCUACGAUUUGUUCCGGCACAUGGAAUCAGGGCACCUGUUAAAAAAAGUGGUUCCGACUGACGAACUUCCUGUUGUCGGGACGGCGAGCGUUCCACAUCGACAGGAGGAUCAUAAACAUGCAGCCCUAAACCGAAAAGGCCUUAUCGAUGACAUUCGGAUCGGCGAUGUUAUUUCUCGCAGGCUAGACGGCGCGGGCAGCAAAUGGAAGGGCGAUGAAAAUGCAAAGUGGUUUGGUCUUGUGCAACAAAUCGUCAAGCCUUCUCGAGGCGAAACGAGGUUUCAUAUCAAAUGGCUUUACUCACCUCGCGAUACACCGUGCAAUCGAGGCACGUACCCGUGGCCAAACGAACUCUUCCUGUCGCUUAACCACUGCAGCUGCCAUCGUGGAGGAGACGAUCCGUUUUUGGCCAGCGAAGUUCUGGCAAAGCAUUCUGUGGCAUGGCUUGGAGACGAAAAGAGUUCUGAGGAGUUCUUUGUCCGGCAGUCUUAUGAUAGCGAGGAACGGCGCUGGAUUGCUUUACAAGACUCGCAUUUGUUUUGCGACGACAACCCGCAAUCCAUCAAAUACGAGAUUGGCGAAACGAUCCUCGCAGGCGACAAACCCAGGCUGGAGCCUUAUGUUAUUAUAGGCAUUUUUGGAAAGAACAUGAUCAAUGCCAGGAAGCUUUUAAGACGUGCCGAGAUCGACCCAGUCUCCUCCGCACCACCCAACGAGCUUGUUUACACUGACGAGAUCAUUCGACUGCCCGCCAGCGAUAUUCGAGGUCCUUGCACAAUCCGUAUUUUUACCGGCAACCCUCGACUUAUUCCCACACCAUACGACAGACGAGGUACUGGAAACUGCUUUUUCAUCAGAUUCAAAAUUGAAACCGACGCGAGCUUCGCCGAAAUGACAGAGGUUCCUCCGAUGUUCAAGCAAGGGUUUCUGCCUGAGAACCAGGACAGAUGCAAACCAAAGCCUCUCCGUGGUCUGGACCUGUUUGCUGGUUGCGGCAACCUGGGUCAUGGUAUUGAGGAAAGCGGCGCAGUUGAGAUCAAAUGGGUCGUUGACAUCUGGUCACCGGCGAUACAUACGUACAUGGCCAACGUUGAUGAUACAAACGCUGUCAAGCCGUUUUUAGGAUCAGUUGAUUUGCUGCUCGAGAAGGCUCUCAAAAGGGAUGGCUUUGUCCCCUCGCGUGGGGAAGUUGAAUUUAUAUCCGGUGGUUCUCCAUGUCAAGGCUUUUCUCUUUUGACGGUCAACAAAGGUGAUGACAGACAAGUAAAGAACCGGUCACUUAUUGCAAGCUUUGCUUCUUUUGUGGACUUUUACCGCCCAAAGUAUGGGCUGUUGGAAAACGUUACGAAUAUGGUCAACGCCAACGUCAGGCCAGAUUGCGAUUACCUGUCUCAGCUCUUUUGUGCUCUUGUUGGACUAGGCUAUCAGGUACAGAUCAUACUGGGUGACGCUUGGGCGUAUGGUGCACCCCAACAACGAUCGAGGAUAUUUUUAUCUUUUGCCCGUUCUGAUCUUGAAUUACCCCAAGAGCCGACGAGAUCUCAUUCACACCCUCCAGACAUCCCAUCCAGGGCUAUCGGGCACCUGAGUAAUGGUGAACGUUUUGUCGAACGCCAAUUUUCCAGCACGGCAUUUCGCUACGUUACCAGUGGUGAGGCCAUCAACGAUCUGCCUAAGAUAGGUGAUGGAAGACAGAUCUGUAUUCCAUUUCCGGAUCACCGCCCAAAUAACGAAUCAUUGACAGCACAAGUACGAAUUGCCCAUAUCCCUGUUGCUCCCUACGGAAUCGGGUUUGUUAAAGCCUACCAAACAGGGAGGAUAACAGAGGCGGAGCGGCAAAUCUUUCCAGCACAAACGCUCAAAGCGGAGCGAACAAGAUGCGGGAGAGGCUGGUCUCGCUUGUCGCCAAAUAAACUGUUCCAGACCAUAACCACCAAUCCGAACCAUACGGAUUCGCGGACUGGAUGUCAAAUCCACCCGAGUGAGCAACGGACUUUGACCAUCAUGGAGAUCCGCCGGGCACAGGGCGUUCCGGACAAUGAUGUUCUGAUCGGCCAGUUCAGGGAGCGGUGGAAGCUCGUGGGCAACAGCGUGGCGCGGCAGGCUGCUUUGGCGCUGGGGUUGGAGCUCAGGAGGGCUUACUAUGGCACUCUUUACGACGAAGACGAGGAUGAAGACUCAGCGGCGCAGGCUGUCAUUUCCAAUGACGGAGGUUUGCAGGUACCGCUUCGCCCUGUCGUGGAUCCUGUCGUCUGGACAGAGACAGAAACAGAAACGGCGACAGGUGUAGAAUCCAGCCAAGCCCCAUCACCUGUUGCGAAGAUUGCCAACGACAUUCUCCAAGAAAGUUCACACAAGCUCUCGGCGGCUGUGGCCACGACGCCGAGUGGAGCCACAUUGUCGGCCCAGGUGCGGUCUCAGGGCGUUCGGGCGACUGCGACUACGAUCAUCGACUUAACCACGGCCGACAGGCGGGCGAUGACGAUGGCGGCCAUCGAUCUGACAAUCGAGGACGACGCAUCGGACUUGCAGAGCGUCACUAGUUCCCAGUGGAAGCGGAAACUGGAUGAGGUUUUGAUGGAUAGCGACAACGAGCCCGACGCCGCCCGGGGACAUCCUUUGAAGCUUUCGAAACUGUCGCACUAA